AUGAAGCCUACAUUUUCUAUCCUCGCCUGUUCGCUGGGCUUUGCCCUCCGUGCGACUGCGCAAGUUAUGAUGGAAGCCGUCACUACUGAAAACAACCCUAUGAAUGCUAUGUACCAGAUGAAGCUGAUGGACAGAAAUGACACCACUGUUCGCGGAAUUGUCAAUAUUACUAGUGGCCCAGGCGGCUUAGGCGUGAUGUACAGCUGCAGAUUUUGGGGUUUCCCAAACGAGACAGAAAAUGGACCCUUCCCGUGGCACGUCCAUGAUCAACCUGUCAGUUCCGACGGUAACUGCAACAGCACCCUUGCCCAUCUCGAUCUAAUAGAUCGUGGCGAAUUUCCACCCUGCAACGCGAGCAAUCCCAAGACGUGCCAGGAGGGUGAUAUGAGUGGCAAGUACGGCAACAUUACGAACGCGUCCGGCGGGAACGUCUAUGAAGUGACUUUUAUCGAUAAUUUCACCUCCCUCACAGAUGGCUUGGGUGCAUUCGUCGGCAAUCGAUCUAUGGUCGUCCAUUACAGGAAUUCGAGCCGUAUCAACUGCGGCAACAUUACGCUAGCCAGCAUAAAUGGUACUGCUGUCCCCACGCCAAGUGCAUCACAACGACCCUCCCAAGGCCCUGCAAAUCGUGUUGGUGCCUUCGGUCUUGGCGUGAUGCUGGCCGGUGUCGCUGCGAUGAUAUGGUAA